GAUUAGAAAUGGCGUCCUCACUGUCUUUCUUUUAAGAAAAUUUCGUGUAGUCUAUUUACCAUUUAGCAGCUUUGUGUGUGUCUGUCAAUUGUAAGGACACGCUGUUUUUUAGAGAGAACCGCCUGGCGAGAGACCAGCGAAAGCGGAAUUACGGUGGAUCGAAGGACGAGGGCGCGGAGCCGAGUCCAAAAACAACGGCCAGCAGGCAGCGACAAGAAAAUGCAUUUGUAGCCCUAACCCACAACUCGAACACACACAAUCUCUUUCUGUCUUUCGCGGCGGCUACGGAAAUAAAGACAAAAGCAAGAAAGAAUUGGAAAGGACAUCGCUGCAGCAGCAUCACCAUCGUCUUCUCCAGGUGGAUCACGAGGGGGAGGAGCAGGCGGAGGAGGAGGAGGAGUGGCGGCGACGGCAACGGCAACAACAAAUGGCACUGGUGACGGUGCAGCGCUCUCCCAGUGUAACUGGCUCCUGCUCGAAUUCGGAUGGCGAAGCCGAGGACGACGACGGCAAUAGCAAGGCAAAUCGCAGCGAGUGCUUCCUCGCCUGCAAGGGCACCGCCCUGGUCCUGGACCUCAAGGACAUCCCGCCCCAGACGCAGAGCGAGCGCCGCCUGAGCACCGACUCCACCCGCUCCAGCAACAGCACGCAGAGCACCAACUCGGACAUCCAGCUCCACCUUCAGUCCAUGUUCUUCCUCCUGCAGCGCGAGGACACGCUCAAGAUGGCUGUCAAGUUGGAGUCGCAGCGGUCCAACCGCACGCGCUACCUGGUGAUCGCCUCGCGCAGCUGUUGUCGGAACGCUACCAGCGAACGUCGGCGCCACCGCAUCAUGCGUCAUAACUCGGCCAAAGUGGCCGGCUCAGCGGGCACCACUUCGUCGUCCUCCUCCUCCGCGGCGGUCACCACCCAACGCCAGUUGUCCGUCGAGCAGACCGUCACGGAGGUCAGCAACAAAUGUGAUAGAUCAACGGACAAGGAGAACACAACGACGGCGGCCGGCGACAACAAGAAUACCUCGGGCAUGGAGGAGUCCUGCCUGCUGGGCAUCGACUGCAACGAGCGGACCACCAUUGGCCUGGUGGUGCCCAUCCUGGCGGACACCACAAUUCACCUGGAUGGCGAUGGUGGGUUUAGCGUCAAAGUUUUCGAAAAGACGCACAUCUUCAAGCCGGUCUCAGUUCAGGCUAUGUGGUCCGCGUUGCAGACGUUGCACAAAGUGUCGAAGAAGGCUCGUGAGAACAACUUCUAUGCCAGCGGUCCCUCCCACGACUGGCUAUCUAGCUAUGAGAGGCGCAUUGAGUCGGACCAAUCCUGUCUGAACGAGUGGAACGCCAUGGACGCGCUCGAGAGUCGCCGACCCCCUUCGCCUGAUGCCAUACGAAACAAACCCCCCGAAAAGGAGGAAACCGAAAGUGUCAUUAAGAUGAAGCUAAAGGCCAUCAUGAUGUCGGUGGACCUGGACGAGGUCACCUCCAAGUAUAUACGCGGACGUCUCGAGGAGAUUCUGGAUAUGGAUUUGGGAGAGUACAAGUCGUUCAUCGACGCCGAAAUGCUCGUUAUUUUGGGCCAAAUGGAUGCACCCACCAAGAUAUUCGAGCACGUCUAUUUGGGCUCCGAGUGGAACGCCAGUAACCUGGAGGAGCUACAGAAAAAUGGUGUUCGCCACAUCCUAAACGUGACGCGGGAGAUCGACAACUUCUUUCCGGGCACCUUCGAGUACUUUAACGUGCGCGUGUACGACGACGAGAAGACAAAUCUGCUCAAGUAUUGGGACGACACGUUCCGCUACAUUUCGCGGGCGAAGGACGAGGGCUCCAAGGUUCUGGUGCACUGCAAAAUGGGCGUAAGCCGAUCCGCAUCUGUGGUUAUCGCGUACGCGAUGAAGGCCUACCAGUGGGAGUUUCAGCAGGCACUGGAGCACGUGAAAAAGCGACGCAGCUGCAUCAAGCCGAACAAGAACUUCCUUAACCAGCUGGAGACAUACAGCGGAAUGCUGGACGCCAUGAAAAACAAGGAGAAGCUGCAGCGCAGCAAAAGCGAGACGAACUUGAAAAGCACAAAGGACGCGCGUCUGCUGCCCGGCAGCGAGCCCACUCCACUGAUCCAGGCGCUAAACCAGGCCAAAUCCAAGUCCACCGGCGAAGCGGGCGUUACGCCCGACGGCGAGGAUGAGGAGCGGGAUGGUUCGCGCUUGCAUCGCCGCUCCAUUGCCCAGAAGUCGCAGCGCCGCUUGAUCCGGCGCUCCAGCAGCACCUCGCCCAAAACCCAGACGGCGGUGGUCACCAAGCAGCAGAGCCAGUCCAUGGAAAACCUGACGCCAGAGCGCAGCGUGGCCGAGGAGCCCAAGAACAUGCGCUUUCCGGGCAGCAAUGGGGAGAACUACAGCGUCACCCAGAACCAAGUGCUGCACAUCCAGAAGCACACGCCUCUGUCAGUGCGGACGCGGAUUCACGAUCUCGAGGCGCACAGGGCGGACCAGCUGCCACAACAACAACAACAACAGCAGCCUGUCUGGACCUCGCUGACCAAGCUGGUCACGCAGACCUCUCAUUUAGGAGGCAGUGGAAGUGGAAGUAGCAGCGGCAGUGGGAACAUUCAGCCGCGGCGGGAUUCCAGCUCCUCGGAUGUGUUCUCCUCGCAGGUGGACAGUGUAUUUGCCCAGGAGGAGGGCGAGAAGCGUCAGCGGCGCAAGACGCACUCCUGGACGGAGUCGUUUGGUCCCAGUGGCGGCAUAGUCCUGGAUCCCAAGCCCCAGCAAUCAAGCGCCAUCCUGCUGCGACCUCGAGGCACUCGGCCACGGGAGCUCCCCUCGCGGCACGCCAGUUGGGGAUCGGGCGACAACCGGAGCAGUCUGCCCCAGAGGACCGGAUUAAGUUCGUACUACGACAGCAACCGCAACAACACGGCCAUUUUCGAGGGCGUCAUUCAAGACCUGAAGCGGGGCGGCAAUUACAAUGUGAUUGAAGGAGUGCCUACCGCUCUACCGGAACCAUCAGUUGGAGUUGGCGAGGGCACCGUGAAGCGCACCAAGCAGAAGCUGGAGGAGAGCACGGCGGCUCUGAAGAAGCGCUGCCAGGAGGACAGCCAGGAGCUGCUACUUGAGGCGGUGGAUACUGCUGGUCAGAAGCGAUGCCCGAGUCUCUACCGGAGCGCCUCGUCGGCGCACAGUCCGCGGCAGAGGCAACCGCUGCGCUGCAAUAGCGAGGAGCUGAUGCACACCAGCGACAUCGAGAAUAAGAACACCACACCAGCCACUGGCGACCAGGAGGCAGCGGUGGUGCUGCGUGUCCAGGGUCAAGCGCUGGUCGACGACCAGCAGCGCAUCUCGGGCAAUGUGCAAAUACUCAAGCAGAAUUUCGAAGCCAAAGCGGGUAUGGUGGGAGUGGGAGCGGGAACAGGAGGAGGAGGGGGUGGAUCCAGCAGCAGUUCAGCAAUUGUGGCAGCCGGAAGUGCGGCAGUGGCGGCAGCAAGCUCAGCUAAUCCCAGCAAGAAGACGACCAGCCACCAAUCACUGCCAUCGUCGCCGGUGGCGCAGCAUGCCAACCACGUGUCCACCGCCUCGAACUCCAACUCCUCCGCCUCCAACUCGUCCGAUUCCAGCGUAAGCGAAAAUUGUGAUCGUAAUGUAAAAGGUCUAGUGCAUAAAUAUCAAACCACUACUUCCUGCAGUAGCCAGGCGGCCACACCGCCUACAGUCGCCUGCGCCCCACUGCCAACCGCCAACAACAUGAGCCACGCCUGCAGCACCACCACCAGCAGCACUAGCUUCAAGCAACGCCCGCGCUCCUACUACGACAGAUCAUUGUCGAACCGUUCGACGCAUGACUACAGCGACAGUCGUCCGCCGCCUGCGCCCGCCCGCCACAGUCACAGCAGCAACAUGCAACACCACCAUCAGCAGCACCAGCAGGAGCAGCAGCAGCAGGUGCAAAUCCGGAGGCUGCCGCAGCAUGGAAAGACGCAUCCGCUGAGCAGGCUAAGUGCACCCAAGACAGGCUUUAACACCGCUGCCUACAACACCAUCCUUAUUCACAUGAUCCGCUCGUUCCGUUACUCUUGGGCGGAGUACAAGAAGUGAAGUACACAUGGAGCUCCACCCGGUGGAAGGCGCAGCUCAAAAGUCCCCACCUUGAAACACUUGUAUUUUUUUGUUAUUUAUCAGACCUUAUAUUUAUAAAUAAAAAUGUGUAAUCCAAUUUA